AUCCGACAUAAACUAAACGACAAAGUAUUAUGGCUUCCAAAGAGCUGUGGAUCUAAAGGCGUUUACAUCAUUUAGUUCAACUGAAUUCGAUUUUAAAAGGAGCAUAGCAGUUUGUUAUGGCUGAUAAUGAACUUGAGGGUGAAAUCAGUGACAACGAGAGCGAUUUGAGCCUUCGGGGAGAGAGCGAAUGUGAAGGCGAAGAUAGCGGUGGGGAAGAUGUUCGGGAACCCGUUACUGGAACGACAUCAGACGAUCGAGCCGCUACUCCUAAGAAAUCAAAGGCCAAGAAGAAGAAGAAAAAAUGGAUGAAUGUGUGCUUGACUAACUGCAAGUAUGAAAGUGUUCGCAGGGUAUCGAAACGAUUUGGCAUGAAGGAGGUUGGUGAAGAUGAAGAUUGGGCUUUGUUCUGGACAGAUUGCUCUGUUGCUUUGGAACGUUGUAUGGACAUGAAACGUUACCAGAAAAUAAAUCAUUUUCCUGGUAUGAGUGAGAUUUGUCGCAAGGAUCUUCUGGCAAGAAACAUGAACCGUUUAUGGAAACAGUUUCCCAAGGAGUAUGCUGUGUUUCCUAAAACAUGGUGCUUGCCAGCAGAUUAUGGAGAAUUGCAAGCCUACUGUCGACAGAAGAAGAAUAAAACAUUUAUUCUCAAACCAGAUAGUGGUAGCCAAGGAAAGGGUAUUUUCCUGACAAAGAAUCCAAAGGAUAUUAAGCCAGGUGAACACAUGGUUUGUCAGCAGUAUGUUUCCAAGCCUUUUCUUAUCGAUGGAUUUAAGUUUGAUCUGAGGGUGUAUGUGCUGGUUACAUCUUGUGAUCCUCUGAGAAUAUUUGUUUAUGAGGAUGGCCUGGGAAGAUUUGCUACUUUAAAGUACAUGGAACCAAGUAACCACAAUGUGGAUGACACUUGCAUGCACCUUACAAACUAUGCUGUAAACAAACACAGCAAAGAUUUUAUCAGAGAUGAAGAAACUGGGAGCAAAAGACGGAUAACAACAGUAAACAGGUGGUUUACAGACAAUGGUUAUGAUGUCAAAGAAAUCUGGGCAUCAAUAGAGGAUGCUAUUAUUAAAACUUUAAUCACAGCCCAUCCAAUACUGAAACACAACUACAGGACCUGUUUUCCAAACCACAACAAGGGCAGUGCUUGUUUUGAAAUCCUAGGCUUUGAUAUUCUGCUUGAUAAAAAGUUGAAAGCUUGGGUUUUAGAGGUAAACCAUUCCCCAAGUUUUACCACUGACUCACCCCUUGAUAAAGAAAUCAAAGAGGGACUGAUGUUGGAUGCCCUCACUCUUCUUAAUUUUGGGGCAUGUGAUCGCCGCAAGAUACUCGAGGAAGACAAAAAGAGAGUACGGGACAGACUUCUACAGAAACAGAGGCCUAAAGAGAACAAGAGAGAUGAUUUUGAAAACCAAUCACAGUAUAUUGAGUGGUUGAAGAAGUAUGAAGACAGUCACAUGGGUAAAUACAGACGUAUUUACCCUGAAGGAAAUGAAGAAAAAUAUGCUGUGUAUUUCGAGAACAGUUGUUCUUUGUUUCAAGAGACGGCAGCCUCCAAGGCUCGAAUAGAGUGUGCCAGGGUUCAACGUGAACAAAUCAUGGCCAAACAACAAGAAAUGGAGAAUGCAAGGCUCAAAAACAGUGGGAGGGCUCCCAAGGGAUCCAAAGAUGGUCUUAGGCCAGAGAGUCCUCAUAGUCGAAGGCCAAGAAGGCCUCCGGUUAGGAAGAUGGUCCAACCUGGUAAACCAAAAUUUGAGGUUGGCAGAAGAACCGGCCAGGAGCAAACGGACACCACCAAACCAAUGACGAUAUCAGAGGAAGAAGAAUUGGAGAGAAUCACUUCCCUUCUUCAGCGGGAUAAUCUGAUAAGAGGGCUGGGUGUGGUCGAGUUUGUGUACAAACUGUUACACUGCACACCCGGAACUGGAGGGCCACAGAAAAACUGCUCUUUACAUCACUCGAACACCUAUAAAGACUCGUCUUCCAAAGGUAGCUCUGUUGGCGGCCGUGAGAUAGGAGGCAGCCUGGGUGACAAACAUUCGGCCAUGUAUGGCUCUAUGGGAUUGCUGUCAGCAUCUGGAGCAGUAGCCGCUGUUAACAAUACAGUCGCAGCUCAGUUGUCUCGGUUCCAGACCUAUCAACCCGCCUCUCUGUCUGCUGUUAUGAAUUUGAAAUCCCUCAAUCAACAAGCCACUUUAUCACGAAACGAUCGUCGUGCUCUUGCGUCAGUCGGUAUAGUACCAUCAGCUCCCACGGGGUUGCCCAAACACAGAUACGGCUCAAGAAAACUUUCCACAAGUGGCAGAGCAGUUAACGGCAAUCCAGAUUACGACUGGAGAUCAGGAUCAACGACUGGUAUCGAGGCCAGUAGCCUUGCUUAUAGUUUGAUUGAUCCUAGACUCGAUAACCAACCAAACACCUCGCUCAGACGCCGGUCUUUGAGCGCUACAGGGCUUAAAACUUGUGGUGAUUCCACUCAAGGAACACGCGUGGUGAAUCCGCGCGUUUUGGCAGCGGGUGGCGUGGCAGGGUCACAGACCAAUCUCUCCAGUCCAGGAGUAGUGUCGCCUGGUGUUAAUGCACAGCAGUAUAUGUGUUCGAUGUACGCGUUUCCCAACGUGCUUAAAGUGGCACCGCAGCCUCAAAAUGGAAUGAAUUUAUCUGUGAUAUCUGGCCCGGCGCCCGUCAAUUAUCGACCAAGUCCAGCCAGUAGUAGUAUAUCAGCCGAACAGUCUAGCUCGUCCCAGAAGUUUACAGGAUCGCCAUCAGCGCUCAUGAGGUCAACUAAAGCUCAAAGAGCCCGCGGAGCUACCAACAAUAUGCGCCUGAAGCAACUUGAACUCCGUGAGAAUCAUGCAGUAGCCUUGAGCUAACGCAGCGGGGGAGCAGCUUCAGUUGACGUAGCUUGUAACAAAGAGAUAAGGGUUUGGAUUUGGCGUGUGUGACAUGAAAAGAAUCCCCGGAACAAAAUCAUGUCCAUAGAUCAUCAAAAUAGUGCUUCGUACUUUAUGAGAAAUGUGAAAGUGAAAUUUUUAAGAACCCCAUUUGAGGAACCUGGAUUCAGUGUUUUCUAUCUAUCCAUACGUUCAUAUCGUAGUUAGUGUAGAAAGUAUAUUGUUUAUAAAGUAGUUAAGUGUGGAAUUUGAGCAAUUAUUGAAACUUUGUUUGCGAGAAUUACGACUGUUUUAAUACAAUUGUAUAUAGUUUUGUAAUAUCAAUAGAUUUCAUAUCUGACUGCGUGGUAUUUUUGCUGAAAAUGAAUGACAAUUCUCUGUUUAUGGCCAAAGACAUUUUCAAAAGUACAAUGGUUUUAAUCUAAAUAUAUUUGUACAGACUAAAAAGAUUAAUGGAGGGUUGAAAGAAUGAUUAAAUCUUGAUUAAAAGGAUGUAAAUAAUCGUCCUCAUCAGAAUAUGGCAAAAGUUUGUUCAUCACGGCGUUAUAGUUAAUGAUUCAAAAGUACAAUGGUUUUAAUCUAAAUAUAUUUGUGCAGACUAAAA